AUGUCUUCAACACAAUCUGACGAACUUCUCGACGCCUCCGCGGAGGCGAUAGACCCUCCCGCACCUCCCCCUCCUACCACCCCUGCUUCUCCCCCUUCCGCCCUCCCGCGUCCUACCGUGUCCUCGCCCAACUCCCAGCUAAGGUUUGUCUCACCCGAUGCCGGAGAGGCUCCUACCUUCGAACCUUUACCUCCGGAGAUCGCGAAUGCGGACAUCUCCAUAGCGCCGGACGGCUCUUUCGUGGAGACCUCUUCUGGCGCUGCCGCUAGGGAGCUCAAGCGUCGCUACGACCAUAUCUUCGGUGUAGGGAAAGAUAUUCGGUCUCCCUAUGCCAUCACCGCGCUCGUGAACCAGCACGGAAAGCAGAUGUACCGUGUGGGACUCCGCGAAUUGUCGGCCCCCGCUGCUGCGGCCCAGGAUGCUGAAGAACGCCAAUCGACCUCCCUGGCUUCUCAUUCCGCUGCUCCCGGCUCCAGCACUACCUCUCCGCACCCCGGUUACGCGAGACGACGCUCGCGCAUGUCGGUCCAUUCCUUCUUGCCCGUGUCCGUCUUCAAGUCUGGGAUCACGCCCGUCGCGCUACCGAACACGGUCUUCGACAAUACCCCGCGUCCUCCACCGACAGCAACUCGGCGUCUGCGCAAGACGCGUUCGAUCCCAAGCGGCUUGGCCGCCAAUGGGCCUGCUGGCGAGGGCGGCGCGUCGGUAUCUCCUGUGCCCCAAGCCACGGGUCGUCCGCAUGCGCACAGCGUCUCGAGCGCGGACGCGUUUGCGGUCUCUGCUGCACAACAGACCUCGCCCGAGACGCAGGCUGCUCGGGCACCGAGCGGGCCCGCCGGAGACUUCUUCGCGGAAGUCAUGUCCUGGACGAACGUCCCCGCAUCGCCGCUAGCGUCCAGCUCGUCUUCCCUGCCAUUCCGGCAACAUCCGCCCCCGUCCAGCCCACCAAGCACCCAUGGCCGCACUGGGGAGAUCUCGAACCCGUUUGGCCCGGGGGUGUCUUUCGAUUCCCCUUCUUGGCGGUCCCCAGCGCACCUGGCCUCCGCGCCCGCUUUGCGCGAGGUGCAGUCGUUCGAGUCGGGCUUGACCGCGCGCGCUGACUACCUGCCCAAGAUGUCGCGCGUGUCCCGGCUUUCUCUCACGUCCGCGGCAUCGGACGAGGAUCCGCGCAACCCGACGCCGCCACCCAGCGGCUCGUCGACGCCCCCCAUCGCGUCUUCCGCGUCUUCUAUCUCCUCGGUGCCGCCCGUCCCCGAGACGCCGAACGUCGCGCCCGUGAACCUUGCCGCGACGACGCUGCACUCGCGGUAUUCGACCGCGCUCUUCGACGUGCUGCAGACGUACCGCGGGCUGCCUACGCUCGACAAAAUCGUGUCGACUCCCAACGAGCCGACGAUCCGGCUGUCCCUGCGCGCGGAGGACAGCGUCGCGCCCCGCGACGAUCCCCGAUUCGUGAUCUGGGCGGAGGUCGAUACAGACCGGGAUGCAUACGACGAGGUCGCCGCGUCGAGCGCGACGGAUCUGUCCUCCGCGCAUUCGCACGCCGCGAGCUCGCGCCGGAGCCGCAUGGGCGGCAAGGAGAAGACGCACCAGAUGCUGUCGAACAUGUACUCGAUGCAGCCCCCGACCGACUUUGGCGGCGCGCCGAACGCGCCGGCGGGGGCGAAGGAGACGAAGAAGAUGCUCGUGGCGGCGACGAUCGAGCGGUGGAUCGCGCAGCUCACGUCCGAGCUCAACUACGACGAGCUUCUGAUAUUCUUCCUCACGUACCGCACGUACGUCCCCGCCGUCGACCUCGGACACCUGCUCAUCUGCCGGUUUCACUGGGCGCUGGGGGAGGCGACGACGAGCCGGGACGAGAUGGUAAGGAAGAUCGUGCGCGUGCGGACGUUCACGGCCAUCCGGUACUGGCUCUUGACGUUUUUCGACGUCGACUUCGUGCCGAACCGCGAGCUGAGGCUGCUCUUUGCGGAGUGGCUCAACUCGCUGCGGAGGGAUCCGAUUCUGCAGAAGCACAGGGACGCAUUGAAAAUCGUGCGGCAGCUGCGCAAGGUGAUCCUUGACUGCAAGGACGCUCACAUGCGCAAACUGUACCGUGCAGCUCGGAAGUCGGUGGACAGGCGCAAGUCGUCCGACCCGAAUGCCCACUCCCACCCCGCGACGGCCGUUCCGCGGCUGUCCUCCCCGUUCGAUCCGAGUUAUGGCCCGCGUCCGUCUGUCGAUUCGCAGGCGCGCUCCUUCAACGACCCCGAGGACUUUGAUAUCGACUUCGACUUUGACGAGCCUGGUCAGGAUUACGCCUUCUGGCUCCCGUCGGGCAACGGCACGUCCGCAAACGCCCUUGAUUUGGUCAUGAUGCGGCAGCCGCUGCACAUGGCCGUGCUACAGUAUGGUAAGCAAAACCCCGCGGCGGGCGCAGCGUCCCACCCGAAUGCCGCCAUCUCGCCGUUCCCGCACAGCGCCAUCUCGCGCGUGUUCGUGAACACGAUCGGGCGGCUGGGCCGGUGGAGACGCGUGCUGAACUCCCGCGCGACGGUACAGCCGUCGAUGACGGCCGGGGUCGACGUCUCGGCGUUCGAUGUCGAGGCGAACGAGACUGGGGAUCUGCUCCUGGUCAAGGGCGGGGUGGAGCAGUACCUGAAGAUGGUCGAGAGUCAGAUAAAUGUGUCGCUUGUCGAGCGGCCGCCAACGAGCUCCGUCGCGAUCUCCACCACGGGGGUCUCGGUGUCGUCGCCUCCGCCUCAGUCCGCCUCGCUCCCACAGUCUCCCCGAUCGCCGUCGAGCGUGGUGAGGGUUCGUCCGCCUGAGACUCUGUCGCCGCCACCGGAGCGGAUUCUGGAGGACGAGGAACCCGAGUCUGAGGAGAGCGUCGUGCCUUUGUCUGAUCCUCCGAGCUACGAACAGGCCGCCUCGCACCAGUACCGCAACUCUAUCAUGACUUACGACUCGGAGAUUCAUUCGGUCUAUGGGGACCAGUAUCAGGCGGCGAGCAUUCCAGAUGAGGAAGCGGUACGGAGGGCGCCCCAAGAACUGGACAUUGUUUCGAUCGACGACAUGGAUCUGUCCGACCUGUCAUCGGACGAGCACGAGAUACCUCCCCCGCCCGGCCUUGGACUGAAGAAGCCGACGCGCAAGCUGCCAACACGGCGCGACUUUGAGUUUGUCAGGCAGUCGAUGUCGAGCGUGUCUUCGAUGGGCAUCCGCACGCGUGAGUCUGUGCUGUCCCAAGAGUCGUCCAUCGUGUCUUCUUCGUCGGAGGUGGACGCGGAGAACGCUGAGGCGGCGGUCGUUCAGGGCCCGCUGCAGGCGUGGCAAAUCAACGCCAUCCUCGACUCGCUCAGCGACGACGACGAGAGCGGCGAUGCUGAGGCGGCGCUCCGCCGACUCGAGGGCCAGAUCAACGAGGUGAAGGUCAAGGAGAAGCAGAACAAAGUCGACCAGUGGAUACAGUCCAUUCACCAGCGGCAGGCUGACGGCCGUUUCGGACGGGAAGAUGAAGGUUCGGGCUCUGACGAGGAUUAUGGCGAGGUCGAGCGGAGGCGCUUUUCGGGAGACUCUGCCCAGGACAUAACCAUCGGGAUGUCUGCGACGUCCCCGCAGGCUGGAUCCAGGAGGACCUCCUUCACAUCGGUGUCGCAGGUCCCGUCCGCGUCGGACUCCAGUGCAGCGCUGCCCUCGACGUCAGCUACGUCUCCCGAACAGCUCACACUUGACACCCUCCAGCUCCCUGCGGACCGGGCCGACGAGGGCGAGGCAGCUACUCCGCUCAGUGAAGCACGACCCUUCGUUGAGGAUGCAGUACCGAUCGAGAUCCUCAAUAGUCGUGUCCCAUCCCGCCCGUCCACCUCUCACGGGUCUCCUUCGAAGGAUUCACGCACGCCUCAACCGCCCCCCAACAUGCCUCCCCCGCCAAGCGUCCCGGCUUCGAUCCAGCUGCAGUUCCGCCGACACCGCUCCUUCGUGCUCAAUUAUCGGGCGGAGGUCCUCAUGCAGCACCUGUCGAUGAUCGACCGUGAGCUCUUCAUCAGCAUCAGCUUCGAGGAGCUCAUCACGUCGCACGCUAUCGGCGCAGCGGACGACGCCAACGUCCUCGACUGGUCUCACUUCCUCCGCGAGCGUGCGCGGCUGAAGGCGGAGGGUCGGGGCGGGUCGAAGACGAGUGCUUUGAUGGCGGUGCGCGGGAGGUUCAACCUGCUUGCUAACUUCGUGCUGUCGGAGAUCGUGCUGACGCACCCGAGCGAGCGGGCGUUGGUGAUCAACAAGUUCAUCAGGCUGGCUUGGAAAGCGUACCUGAUGAAGAACUUCAACGCGCUCGUCGCGAUCAUCACCGGGCUCAAGAGCGAGUGGGUCACGAAGGCGAGGCGGCAGGCGUUCAGCAAGAUCGGCACGUGGGAGGCGCGCGUGCUGCGCGACCUGACGGACUGGACGAGCAGCGCGGGCGACUUCAAGCACAUCCGCCAGACGGUGGACUCGCUAGUGGAGGCGAAGUCGAGCGCGCAGGAGGGCCCGGUCAAGAGCGCGGACGGGCAGGCGCAGACGACGCGGAGCCGUGCAGCGUCGGAUACCAGGCCGCCGCAGGACCCGGCGUGCAUCCCGUUCUUCGGAGUCUACCUUGCGCAAGUGCACCACUUCUGCAGCCUGCCGGACCUGAUCGACCCCACGGCGCCGCACGAGCCGGUGGGGAUCGACCCGGAGACGAACACGUUCGAGACGCCGGCGCACCCGGAGGUGUUCUCGACGCUCGCGCCGCUGCCGCCGUCGAUCCAGCUGGAGCCGCUGAUCAACGUGCACAAGCAGCGGCUGAUCUCGGGCGUGGUGAAGUCGCUCGUGGCGGGGCAGCAUUUGGCGUCGAAGGUGCAGUACGCGCUGGACAAGAAGGUGUUCCAGAAGUGCCUGAAGCUGCGCGGGCUGGACGCGGACACACUCGAGCGGGCGCUGGCGCUGUACGCGGAGAAGAGGUAGGUAGUCUGUUGGUUCGGUCGGGUCGCGCGCAUAGACUAUUCGUAUUCAAUUUAUGCCCUCUUUGAGCGAUGGGAGCGGUGGGGCGAACGGGCACGGGCACGGGAACGGGAGGCUAGGGGAGGUGCUGAGCCUGAUGGGGAAUGGGGGGAUGCGCGGGUGAUGAUAUGGGUCGGUGUACGAGAGAUGGGAUUGUAGAAUUAGAGUGUAGUAAGUUACGGCGUGGUUAGCUUCGUCUCCGCUGUCAGCUCGGAUUGAAAGC